AUGCAGGCAGAGAAGAAACUGUCCGGUGGCGACGGCUUCUGGGGCUUCUUGAGCGACAGAAGUGGAAACGACAGUGAUGGGGCGGAUUUACUCGAAAAGGCAGCUAAUGCUUUCGUGGCAGAGAACUCGUUUAUCGAGGCAGGAAAGGCCUUCGAAAAGCUCGCCGCAGUCUACAGAGACAAGUUAGAAUUGGAUUCGUCAGCUGCCGGUGCUGCUGGGAGCGCCAUUGAGGCCUACGUGAAAGCGGGUGACGCCGCUGCCGCCGCGCGAUGCUUCGAGCUCCUUAGGUCCCCAGCCUUGAAGAAGGGUCAAUCGAAUCGAGUCGACAGAUAUGGGCGGCUGCUGGCCGGCCUGUACGAGAAGACGCUGGGAGAUAUGAAGUCGGCAUCGUUGUGUUAUGAUGCGAUUGCGGAGGAGUACGAAUCAAACCAUAAUCCACAUAAUGCCAGGAAGAACAAGAUCCAGGCGGCGGCGACCCGCGCCAUCUACUUUGCCCAACUAGUCACAGCCGGUACUGAUCCACACGAGAGUGCCAAGGACCUCAAAUAUGUCGAGAGGACCUUGAUAAGAUUGGCACAGGACUCUUACAACACCAACGAAAUGCUGCUCAGACUGGGGAUUGUUUACCUCAUCACAGGAGAUUCGAACGACUAUGAUAAGGCUGCAGCCCCUGCCGCACCCGCUGCUGCAGCCGUUGGUGCUCAAGCCGCCGCCGCCGGAUCUGCAGCUGGUGCGCUCGCCGAGGAAGCCAAGGCGGCAUUCGAUGCUCAGACACGACUCGACUAUGGUUUCACAAGGUCGAGGGAAGGUGCACUAGUGCGUGAUCUGGCCGCGGCGCUGAAAGCGGACAACCUGCCACAGUUUGUGAAACUGGUCAUGCAAUAUCCUGGGACAAGUGAAGAGUCCAAGGCCUGGAAUGAGACCAUGUUGAUGCUAGCAGGGGGUUACAAAUGGAAGGGCAAUGCCGUCAAGGCAGAAAUGGAGAGACAAAAGCGGCAGCCUUUUGAGGAUUCGCAGAACGAGGGUCAGCAGCAGUCUUGGGGAAAUCAACCGCCGCCUCAGCAUUACUCGCAGCCUCAGUAUCAGUCACGAGAGCAGCCCCCAUAUCCGCCAGAAAAGCAGGGCGCAAAUGAUCUGGAGCCAGACGUUCCGGAUGCAAACGAAUGGGCCUAA